AUGGCCAGCGGCAACGUGUCCACCGUCUACAUCUCCGUCAUCGACGACGUCGUCGCCAAGGUUCGUGAGGACUUCAUUACCUACGGUGUUGGCGAUGCCGUCCUCAACGAGCUCCAGGCUCUCUGGGAAAUGAAGAUGCUGCACUGUGGCGCAAUCUCAGGGAACAUCGACCGCAACAGGGCUCCCCCCGCUUCCGCUGGAGGCGCUCCUGGUGCUGGCGCGACUCCACCCGUGCACGACCUCAACGUGCCCUACGAGGCUACGUCCGAGGAGUACGCCACCCCAACCGCCGACAUGCUGUUCCCACCGACGCCGCUGCAGACCCCGAUCCAGACACCACUUCCAGGGAUUGAUACAGGGAUGUAUAACAUACCCACGGGGCCGUCGGACUAUGCCCCAUCGCCGAUCAGUGACAUGAGAAACGGGAUGGGGAUGAAUGGGUCUGAUCCAAAAACUGGCCGACCAAGCCCUUACAUGCAACCUCCAUCGCCCUGGAUGAAUCAGAGACCACUGGGGGUUGAUGUGAACGUUGCUUACGAGGAGAGCCGUGAGGACCCAGACCGGAUGAUGCAACCUCAGCCAUUGACUAAGGAUUUUCUGAUGAUGUCUUCUGGAAAACGGAAGAGGGAUGAAUAUCCUGAUCAGCUUCCUUCUGGUUCAUUUGUGCCACAACAGGAUGGAUGUGCAGACCAGGUUGCCGAAUUUGUGGGGUCAAAGGAUAACGCACAACAGGUGUGGAAUUCCAUCAUGAACAAGCAAGAAUCAGUAACGAAGACACUUUCUAUCGAAGAAAGCACAAUACCACCACUUCUUCCUCAACAGGACGGGAUACAAGAUGAUUAUAACGAUCAGUUUUUCUUCCCAGGAGUUCCAACCGAAGACUACAAUACCCCUGGGGAAUCUUCGGAAUAUCGAACUCCCACACCUGCUGUUGCAACACCAAAGCCAAGAAACGAUACGGCGGGUGAUGAUGAUGAUGAUGAUGAUGAUGAUGAACCUCCUCUUAAUGAAGAUGAUGAUGACGAUGACGAGAUAGAUGACUUACAGGAUGGCGAUGAGGAACCUAACACGCAGCACCUUGUCCUUGCACAAUUCGACAAAGUAACAAGGACAAAGAAUCGCUGGAAGUGCACUUUGAAGGAUGGAAUCAUGCAUUUGAAUGGCAGAGAUGUUCUAUUCAACAAGGCUUCAGGAGAGUUUGAUUUUUGA